AUGGGAAGCUGCAUAUCAACGCAAGGGAAAACGGUUACACGAAAGAGGAAGGAUCUAAACAAACCAAAGAGCUAUCAUAGUUAUGAGGUCGUAACAACACCGACGGCGGCGGCGCGUAGGUCGAGCGUGACGGCGCGUAUUCCCGUGAACGUGGUUUCGAACCCGAGUGCUGGGAACAUAUUUGACAAGUACCAGUUGGGGAAGGAGCUUGGGCGAGGUGAGUUCGGGGUGACGCAUCGGUGUGUGGAGAUUGGAACGGGUGAGGCAUUUGCGUGUAAGAAGAUAGCGAAGACGAAGCUGAGAACGGAGAUAGAUGUACAAGAUGUGAAGAGAGAGGUGCAGAUCAUGAGGCAUUUGCCUAAACACCCAAACAUUGUUUCCUUCAGAGAGGCAUAUGAGGAUAGAGACGCUGUUUACCUUGUCAUGGAGCUUUGCGAAGGUGGCGAACUCUUUGAUAGGAUCGUAGCCAAAGGCCAUUACACCGAGCGUGCCGCUGCUAAUGUUAUCAAGACCAUUCUUGAAGUUUGCAAGGUGUGCCAUGAGCAUGGCGUGAUACAUAGGGACUUAAAACCUGAGAAUUUCUUAUUUGCUGAUGGAACGGAGGGUUCUUCAUUAAAGGCAAUUGAUUUUGGGCUUUCCACCUUCUAUGUGCCUGGAGAAAGAUUCAAUGAAAUUGUUGGAAGUCCCUAUUACAUGGCUCCUGAGGUUUUAAGACGUAACUACGGAACUGAAAUUGAUAUUUGGAGCACAGGCGUAAUUCUUUAUAUUUUACUUUGUGGAGUUCCACCCUUUUGGGCAGAAACUGAGGAAGGGAUUGCCCAGGCUAUCAUCCGGGGUAAUAUAGAUUUCACAAGAGAUCCUUGGCCUAAAGUUUCAGACGAAGCCAUAGACCUUGUUAAGCGUAUGCUUGAUCCAAAUCCAUACACCCGGAUAACAGUUCAAGAAGUCCUUGAACAUUCCUGGAUACAACAUAGGGAGCAUGGUCGAAAUAUUUCUCUUGGAGACCAAGUGAGAAUGAGGAUCAAGCAAUUCUCCUUGAUGAACAGAUUCAAAAAGAAAGUUCUUCAAGUGGUGGCCGAUAACCUGCCAGAUGAGCAAGUAGAUGGGUUUAAGCAAAUGUUUGAUAUGAUGGACAAGGACAAAAACGGAAACUUGUCAUUUGACGAGCUCAAAGAUGGCCUUUCAAUGAUUGGACAUGCUAUUCCUGAUCCUGAUGUCCAGAUGUUAAUGGAUGCUGCAGAUAUUGAUGGAAACGGCACCCUUAAUUGUGAAGAGUUCAUCACAAUGAGUGUUCAUCUGAGAAAGAUAGGAAGUGAUGAGCAUCUCUCUAAAGCAUUCAGUUACUUCGACAAGAAUCAGAGCGGAUAUGUUGAGUUUGAGGAGUUGAAAGAUGCCUUAUCUAAUGAUGACCCAGGAGCCAGUAUUAAUGACCAAGUGAUCAAAGACAUUAUCAAUGAUGUCGACUUAGAUAAGGAUGGUCGAAUCAGUUUUGAGGAGUUCAAGGCAAUGAUGAAGACAGGAGGGGAUUGGAAAAUGGCUUCUCGGCAGUAUUCAAGAGCAUUACUAAAUGCAUUAAGCUUCAGGAUGUUUAAAGACAAAUCUGAUAAGGGUAACUAAUUAAAUUUCAUGAGGGGGUAGACCAAGUUCUCAGUUUUCGUGCCUCUUGAUAAAUGGUCAGAAACUCUGCAAAGCAAUGUACAAUUAAGCUGCAUGCUCUCUAAUAUUUUGACCUAUGAACAUUUGGU